AUGCCACUAGCAUGGAAAGCUUUCGGAGCACAUAACUUACUUCGUAUCCUCACCCGCUUUCAGUCAACCAAAGUUCCAGAUGCGGUUAUCGGUAUUGAUUUAGGUACUACCAAUUCUGCGGUGGCUAUUAUGGAAGGUAAAGUUCCAAGGAUCAUCGAAAACGCUGAAGGCUCAAGAACUACUCCCUCUGUAGUGGCUUUCACUAAAGAUGGAGAGCGUUUGGUUGGUGAGCCAGCCAAACGUCAAUCCAUUAUAAACUCAGAAAACACUUUAUUUGCUACAAAGCGUUUAAUCGGCCGGCGUUUCGAGGACGCUGAAGUUCAAAGAGAUAUUAAUCAAGUUCCUUUCAAAAUUGUCAAGCAUUCUAAUGGAGAUGCCUGGGUAGAAGCCAGAAACCAAACAUACUCUCCCGCCCAAAUAGGGGGAUUUAUCCUAAAUAAAAUGAAGGAAACCGCUGAGUCUUAUCUGGCAAAGAGCGUCAAAAAUGCCGUUGUAACUGUCCCUGCCUACUUCAAUGAUGCCCAAAGACAAGCUACUAAGAACGCAGGACAAAUUGUUGGGCUCAAUGUGUUGCGUGUUGUCAAUGAACCAACAGCCGCUGCCUUAGCUUAUGGUCUAGAUAAAUCGGAGUCAAAAGUCAUUGCCGUUUUCGACUUAGGAGGCGGUACUUUCGACAUUUCCAUUUUGGAUAUCGAUAAUGGUGUUUUUGAGGUCAAAUCCACCAAUGGUGACACCCAUUUGGGUGGUGAAGAUUUUGACAUCUAUUUGUUAAAAGAAAUUGUUUCUCAUUUCAAGGAUGAAACCAGUAUCGAUUUGAAUAAUGACCGUAUGGCUGUACAAAGAAUAAGGGAAGCCGCUGAAAAGGCCAAAAUUGAACUGUCUUCUACACUUUCGACAGAAAUAAACUUGCCCUUCAUAACUGCUGAUGCUACAGGACCAAAACACAUCAAUAUGCCUUUUUCAAGGGCUCAACUUGAGAAUAUAACCGCCCCAUUGAUUGAUAGAACGGUUGAUCCUGUCAAAAAAGCACUGAAGGAUGCAAAACUUACUGCCUCAGAUAUAUCAGACGUUUUAUUAGUUGGUGGUAUGUCAAGAAUGCCUAAGGUUGCAGAUACUGUGAAGAAAUUAUUUGGCAAGGAUGCAUCAAAAGCUGUUAACCCUGAUGAAGCAGUCUCUCUAGGAGCUGCUAUACAAGGUGCCGUCUUGUCUGGUGAAGUCACUGAUGUUUUACUGUUGGACGUUACUCCUCUGUCAUUAGGUAUUGAAACUUUAGGAGGCGUUUUCACAAAAUUGAUUCCAAGAAACUCUACAAUUCCUACCAAGAAAUCUCAAAUAUUUUCAACAGCGGCAUCAGGUCAAACAACGGUGGAAGUUAAAGUUUUCCAAGGUGAGAGGGAGUUAGUCAAGGAUAACAAAUUAAUUGGUAAUUUUACUCUUGCGGGCAUUCCACCAGCUCCAAAAGGUAUCCCACAAAUUGAAGUCACUUUUGAUAUUGAUGCCAACGGCAUAAUCAAUGUUUCAGCAAAAGAUCUUGCCAGUAACAAAGACUCUUCCAUUACUGUUGCCGGAGCGUCAGGGCUAUCAGAUACGGAAAUUGAACGUAUGGUUAAUGAAGCGGAAAAAUACAAAAAUGAGGAUAAAGCUCGAAGGAAUGCCAUUGAGACUGCUAAUAAAGCUGACCAGCUAGCCAAUGAUACGGAAAAUUCCAUUAGGGAAUUCGAAGGGAAGUUAGAUAAGACUGAUUCUCAAAGACUAAAAGAUCAAAUAUCAUCUUUAAGGGAAUUAGUUUCCCGGAUCCAAGCUGGGGAUGAAGUUAAUGAUGAGGAUUUGGAAACAAAAAUUGACAAUUUGCAAACUUCAUCAAUGAAACUCUUUGAACAGUUAUACAAGGAUGGUAACAAUUCUACAACUAAUAGAGAGGAUAAUAAAUAA